AUGCUGCAGUCCCUGGCCGGCAGCUCGUGCGUGCGCCUGGUGGAGCGGCAUCGCUCGGCCUGGUGCUUCGGCUUCCUGGUGCUCGGCUACCUGCUGUACCUGGUGUUCGGCGCCGUGGUCUUCUCGUCCGUGGAGCUGCCCUACGAGGACCUGCUGCGCCAGGAGCUGCGCAAGCUGAAGCGACGCUUCCUGGAGGAGCACGAGUGCCUGUCGGAGCCGCAGCUCGAGCAGUUCCUGGGCCGGGUGCUGGAGGCCAGCAACUACGGCGUGUCGGUGCUCAGCAACGCCUCGGGCAACUGGAACUGGGACUUCACCUCGGCGCUCUUCUUCGCCAGCACGGUGCUGUCCACCACAGGUUAUGGCCACACGGUGCCCUUGUCGGAUGGGGGCAAGGCCUUCUGCAUCAUCUAUUCUGUCAUCGGGAUUCCCUUCACCCUCCUGUUCCUGACGGCCGUGGUCCAGCGUGUCACUGUGCAUGUCACCCGCAGACCCGUCCUCUACUUCCAUCGCUGGGGCUUCUCCAAGCAGGUGGUGGCCAUCGUCCAUGCCGUCCUGCUGGGGUUUGUCACUGUGUCCUGCUUCUUCUUCAUCCCGGCUGCCGUGUUCUCCGUCCUGGAGGACGACUGGAACUUCCUGGAGUCUUUUUAUUUUUGCUUCAUUUCCCUCAGCACCAUCGGCCUGGGGGACUAUGUGCCUGGAGAAGGCUACAAUCAGAAGUUCAGAGAACUCUACAAGAUUGGGAUCACAUGUUACCUGCUCCUCGGUCUCAUCGCCAUGUUGGUAGUCCUGGAAACCUUCUGUGAACUCCAUGAGCUGAAAAAGCUCAGGAAAAUGUUCUAUGUGAAGAAGGACAAGGAUGAAGAUCAGGUGCACAUAAUGGAACAUGAUCAGCUGUCCUUCUCCUCCAUCACCGAGCAGGCCGCUGGCAUGAAGGAGGACCAGAAGCAGAAUGAGCCUUUUGUGGCCACUCAGUCAGCAGCGGACACCGAUGGCUCUGUGGACCACUGA